ACGGGUGGAAGGUUCGAAUCGAUAGAUUACUACAUGGGAUGCACCGUCCCGUUGUAGGCGGUAACGGAUUAUUGCUCGAAAUUUUAGAAAGUAGAAAAAAUGGCUGGACAUUGGUUUCUUGGCUGCUUUUUAGUUCUUUUUCUAGCAUGUGAAAUUAACAGUCAAGAUGAGGGUCCACCAGUCAUCACUGGUAGCUACAAAGCGAUUGGAGAGAUGGUGGAAACGCUGGAAGAUGGAUCUAAUCUCUUGACUCAGAUCGCCUUCGAAGAAACCCUCGACACUGAAAGACAGAUGGCUGCUUUCAGGGUUUGGAUGGUUGGACUGAACGUCACUUUUGUGGAGAACUUCGUCACCAAUCAGACCUUUCAAAUCAACGGAACAGGUUGUUCGGAAAUUACAGUGAAUGAAUGGAUCAAAACACCUUCACCGCCAUCACUAACGGCGUAUGAGGACAUAAAUGGUACAGUAAGGUUCUCUCUGAAACAACUAUUUGCCCUGGACAAAAAAUACCUGAAUAAAAAGAAACCGAGGGAAUCUACAACCUUCCGUGGAAUUCCAGCCAACAAGUGGAUGUACGAAAUCAGAGGUACAGAUCCCGAAACGAAGAGAAGCACCAUCCUCAACAUAUACGCUUUUUGGUCUGAUGGGACGUGGAAUACAUCAUCAAGCAGUACGAUAGUACCUCUUGGAUACAUCGUGACACGUAUGAAUUAUACAAAAGGUGACCCCAGGUUCAAAAUUCACGAACAAUUCAUCAAUGUUUUUGGUUUUGAACCUGGUAUAACUGAUCCUAAGUUGCUUGAACCAAUUCAAGGUUAUACCUGCUCUGGCCGAAAGGAAACUCUGCCUUUCCCCGACACCAGCAGAUUGCAAGCUGUGGAAUUACGCUCUGAAGUGAUUGUGCCAACUGAUUCGGAGAUAAGAUACGUUGAUACUUGGUUAGAUACUAAAAACAAAAUCAUACGCACGGAUUUGGAAAGAAUCGACUUAGAAACUCCCGUCUUCGAGGAAAAAUUAAGGAAGUAUGAAUCGGAAAUUGCAAUUGCAGAAAUGGGUAUUGUUUACAGAGUAACUUACAACAAAGGGGCCUCCAACUGCGAAGUUAUCCCCUUCAAAGAUUACACCCAUGAUCCUCAAAAUCUCUUUAACAUCAAAUUACCGAAGGAACAAUGGGAUGUAGCGAAGCUUUUUGGCAGGAAUCAGACUAAUUACGUUUAUAUAGGAAAGACGUAUAAGAGGGACGUACCUUGUCACAUGUUUCAAGGUUUGCGUAAAGACUGGCCUGAUCCAUCAGCCAAUGUCGAAUCGUUAUGGGAGUGGUGUUUUGCAACGACGGAUUUAUCAAAUAUGACUCAGACAAAAAAAGAUAAUAUUAUUUUCAAAAAUCAAGAUUAUGGGCUCGUCCAUGCGCAGUUCAAAAUUCUGAAGAGCGGGGAUCAAAUAUUUUAUCCAGCUCUAAAUAUGAAGCAUCAUUUUUAUAAAGUCCAGAAGCAAGAUUCAGACAUCAUGCAAGCCACAAAGUUCGAUAUAAUCAGGUGCUUUGGACAGGGUGAAAGAAGGCCUCUUCAAUUCAUUGUGGAUUGGCCCAUGGACGACAAAAGUCAAGAUUUUGUGGGCAAAGCAGUUGCCAACAGAACUUUCCUAACGAAAUGGAAAAACAUGCUCUACAGUGCUUCCGGAAUGAAACCCUACAGCUUAAGAAUCACCAAGUUAUAUGCGACGAUUGCCGAUAAAAAGAUGUACCUAAGGUUUACAAUUUUGAGUCCUCACAAAGAUUUGCCAUCAGAUAUCAAGAAAGGAGAAAAAACAGCUUUGCAAGCCGAACAGAGUAUAAGGGACAAAAUGAACAGUAACGGUGGACUUUUCAUUAGUUUCCGACCAUCUGAUGAUAUGCCGAUGCUGAAAUUAAUGGCUGUUAAACACAGUUUGGAGCUACAAGUCAAGACGGAUUUCACAGAACACACCACGCCAUCGAUGCCAACGCAAGGAACAAAAGGAACGACCAAAAUACCGUUCUCACUUAGACCAGAUCCUGAAGAUGAAACAACAUCGUCUUAUCGAUCCACGGUCACUCAAAUACCCCGUGGAACCACGACUACUCAAAAACCCGGUGGAUCCACGACCACUCAAAAACCUGGUGGAUCCAGCACUCAAGACCCCGGUGGUUCCACGACCACUCAUAAACCCGAAGACAAAACUACAAAAAAACCGGGUACAAAAGAUGGGUUGAAAACGGGAGGUCAUGGACCAUCCACAGUGGCUGGAAUUUCGAUAGCCAUGCUACUAGUUGGUAUUUCGAUUGGAUCAACAGGUAUCUUCAUAAAGAUGAAUGGAUUACCCUCUUGCUUGAAAACUGGGUAGUUAUCAAGACAAAAAGUGAUUAUUAUUUGAAUAUAUUUAUUAUGUAUUAUGUCUAUUUUCUCAGAAAAUAAAAUUAUGACUUUUUGUU